GCCAAAAAGAACCGACAGAAAAACUGACAGGACGGACAGACAGAGGCAAUACACCAAAUUGGUUGUUUGGUUGCCCAUUGACAAUUGUUGUUGUUGUUGUUGAUCAUUGUGGAAUUCAAUUUUAAUUUCGUUUCGCUCACUGAGAACCAUGACGGACAAACAAUUGGAUCAUGCAUUAGAUUUGAUGCGUCGUUUACCGCCGCAACAGAUCGAACGUAAUCUCAGUCAUUUACUUGAUCUGGUACCGGAUUUAUGCGAAGAACUUCUGUCGUCAGUCGAUCAGCCAUUAAAGGUGGCCAGAGAUAAACAAUCGGGCAAAGAAUAUCUUCUCUGUGAUUACAAUCGAGAUGGUGAUUCGUACAGAUCUCCGUGGAGCAAUCAAUACGAUCCACCACUUGAUGAUGGUAAUGUACCAUCGGAAAAACUACGCCAAUUAGAGAUGGAUGCCAAUCAUGCGUUCGAUCUGUAUCGGGAAAUGUAUUUUGAAGGGGGCGUUUCUUCGGUCUAUUUCUGGGACCUCGAUCACGGCUUUGCCGGUGUUAUUCUCAUCAAGAAAGUGGGCGACGGUUCGAAAAAGAUCAAAGGCUGUUGGGAUUCGAUUCAUGUGGUCGAAGUGCAAGAAAAAUCGGGAGGCCGUAAUGCUCAUUAUAAAUUGACUACCACAGUUAUGCUUUGGCUUCAGACCAACAAACAAAGUUCGGGUACGAUGAACCUGGGCGGUAGUCUUACCCGGCAAAUAGAAGGAGACAAUGCCGUCACCGAUGCCUUUUCGCACAUUGCCAACAUUGGCAAAAUGGUCGAGGACAUGGAGAACAAAAUCCGUUCGACGCUCAAUGAAAUAUAUUUUGGCAAAACGAACAACAUCCUCAAUGGGUUACGGUCGGUCAAUUCGUUGAACGAACUCAAAGCUCAGGAAGCGGUCAAAACGGAGCUGGCACAAGCGUUACAGAAACGGCAAAAAGAAUGAUGUUUGUGUUUACUGAAUUUGUCUUCACUUAAAGCCAUUUAUUUGUUCACAAUCGAAACAAAUCAUUGUUAUUAUCGCUUUGAUCAUCCUACCAUGUAUCCAAUC